UCAAGAAAGUAGCAGUUGCUAUCGCUUACAGUCAAAGUUGCAUAGACUCCGUGCUACUGAAGUUCGCCGAACGAUGACAACGACUGAAUAGUUAAUUGAUAUUGUGGAGAUCUGACGUUAAAUUAUUACACGAUGGAAUCUAAAAGCAGCAUUUACAUCUCUCUGAAAAAAACUGAAUUGAUCGUUUUAGUCUGCAUGAUAUGUCUGUCAUCGUUACCUAAUAUAAGUUGUCAAACCCAGAACACCGGUAUGGCAAAUGUUAUAUCAGAGAGAAAGGCAGAAGAAGACCACAGGCAGGAUAGUGCCGAUCUUCUCAUUUUUAUUAUGCUUCUAACGCUAACCAUUUUAACAAUAUGGCUCUUCAAGCAUCGCCGUUUCAGGUUUUUACAUGAAACAGGACUGGCAAUGAUCUAUGGCUUAUUGGUUGGAGUGAUACUACGUUUUGGGGUGCAUGGACAAAGGGAUCUUAACAAUGUCACUUUGAGCUGUGCCAUGACUGCCAGUCCAGCCACUAUACUGGUCAAUGUCAGCGGUCAGUUUUACGAGUACACAUUGAAGGGUGAAGUACGAGACACUGAUGGGCAAGAUGUCCCAGAUGCUGAAAUGCUGAAGAAGGUUACCUUUGACCCAGAGAUUUUCUUCAAUAUCCUGCUGCCUCCUAUAAUCUUUCAUGCAGGCUACAGCCUGAAAAGGAGGCAUUUCUUCAGAAAUCUGGGCUCCAUUCUGUCUUAUGCUUUCGUGGGCACAGCCAUCUCAUGCAUUGUCAUUGGGUUGUUACUGUAUGGCUGUGUUGCUUUUUUGAAAGCCGUAGGCCAAAUUCAAGGGGACUUUUUCUUCACUGAUUGCCUUUUCUUUGGUGCCAUAAUCUCUGCCACAGAUCCAGUGACGGUUCUUGCCAUAUUUAAUGAGCUGAAGGUGGACGUGGACCUUUAUGCAUUGCUGUUUGGGGAGAGUGUUCUCAAUGAUGCUGUGGCCAUCGUUUUGUCCUCGUCUAUUAUAGCUUACCAGCCGGCAGGAGAUAACAACCACACAUUUGAUGGCAGUGCCUUCCUUAAGUCUAUUGGUGUGUUCCUGGUUGUCUUCAGUGGAUCCUUCGCCCUUGGAGUGAUUACUGGUGUUAUGACCUCUCUCGUCACCAAGUUCACCAAGCUGCACGAGUUUCCCCUGCUGGAGACGGGCCUGUUCUUCCUCAUGUCCUGGAGCACCUUCCUGCUGGCCGAGGCCUGUGGAUUCACAGGUGUAGUAGCGGUGCUUUUCUGCGGGAUGACUCAGGCCCACUACACGUACAACAACCUCUCAGACGAGUCCAAGGACCGGACCAAACAGCUUUUUGAGUUGCUGAAUUUCCUGGCUGAAAACUUCAUCUUCUCUUACAUGGGCCUGACCUUAUUCUCCUUCCAGUAUCAUGUCUUCAACCCCCUCUUCAUUCUGGGAGCAUUUCUCGCUGUGUUUCUUGGCCGCGCAGCAAAUAUCUAUCCUCUCUCCUUCCUGCUCAACCUUGGCCGCAAAAACAAGAUCGGCUCCAAUUUCCAGCAUGUCAUGAUGUUUUCAGGUCUGCGCGGGGCCAUGGCGUUCGCUCUGGCCAUUCGGGACACGACGACCUACGCGCGGCGGAUGACGUUCUCCAGCACCCUCCUCAUCGUCUUCUUCACCGUGUGGGUGUGUGGGGGCGGCACCACUCAGCUGUUGUCCUUCAUGCACAUUCGUGUGGGGGUGGAUUCAGACCAAGACAAUCCUAUCACCGAGGUGGACGGGAUUGAGAGGAGGGGUGUCAGACAUGAGGGAGCCUGGCCCUUCAGGAUGUGGCACUCCUUUGACCACAAAUACCUGAAGCCAUUCCUGACCCACAGUGGACCACCGCUCACCACCACACUGCCCGCCUGCUGUGGACCUCUGGCACGCUGCCUCACCACCUCGCAGGCCUACCAGAGCGGCGGUGGCUGGCACGACGAGGACUCGGAGCUGAUUGGCAGCGAUGGCUUGGGCAACCCCAUGUACACGGACCUCUCCAUCAGCGCCGUCACCAGGAGCUCCUCCAGCACCUCCAACCACUUGUACGGACCCACUGUGCCUUCUGGUUAAGCGAUGGACGAGUUCCCAUUACCAGUUGCAUUCUGGUGCCGCGUUUCCCAGAAGAAGCUCUAAGUGCUAAGAACUUCUUAGGAGCGUUCUUAGAGUGCUCCUUAGAAGUUCUUCGCACUUAAGAGCUUCUUAUCGAAUCUGGGAAACCCGGCCAAAUACUGUAGACCCAUCCCAGUCUUUUUAAUACCCUUGCUGCCCGAUUUUGAGGCCCAACCCCUACAUGUGUAUAGGGUAAGCAAUAAGAAAUGCCAAGUGUGUGUGAUAUUCCUGUUGUUUCAGUUAUUUUGUUUGUUUAGCUUGUUCUUAAUCUUACCUUAAAACACUACACUUAGUGUAAUUAAUGGUUAAGACUCCUUAAAAGUGUGUUACUCAUCUAGAAAUGUAUUAUACCUACACUUUUUAAUGCACACUAAAUUAUUUUGUGAGAAUUAAUUCCUAUUCUGGAUUAAGAUUUGUGUAUAUUUGUGCACUGUUGUGUGUGCGUAAGUAUUUAUUUUACAUAUUUAUUUGUCUCACCCACUGGUGAAUUUGUAUUACUUUGUCACUUCUAUCCCAGAGAGUUAAUGUUUCUUUCUUUGGUAUUUAAUGUUUAGACAGAUAAAUAGUGUUUCAAGUGGUUUUGCCAAGAGGCAACAGGCGUAGUGAGAUUAACCCUGUUACAGCCAAGUAUUUUAUUUUUUGUCUGUGCAAUGAUAAAGCCAAACUGUACACCUGCUCUAAGUGCCUAAUGCUGUAUUGUCUAACCUCACUCCACAAAUAGGGUCAUGUCAAAAUGACUUAUAAGAGAUUACUUUGUUUGUACACUAAUGAGACUUGUCCUCAGUCGCUGAUUAAACGUUGUAUGCACUUUG